AUGUUUGGGGACGGCCAGUUCCUGCCCAACGAGGCGCCCACCAACCGCAGGACCAGCUUCCGCAUCGAGAUGCCGCCCGCGAAGCGGGAGAUGCUGGAUGACCGGACGGUGCGGCUUCCGUUAGUCUCGGAAGCGUUUUGGGCACGCUACGAGUGCAACUUGCACGUGGAGCAGGGCUCGAUGGACUGGUCCGUGGCCAAAGAUUUGUUCACCUGGGAUUUGAGUUGA